GGCAAGUUGAAGAAAGAAUUUGGCCAUAUUUUGGUCAUUGUAUUCAAAAACAACUUUGCAGUCUGCUACUAGGUUUUGGGAUGUUUUCAGCGUUGGAAAGAAGGCAGUAUGGCUUGGAAAGCAGGACAAAACUAUUUGAUAUUGCUCGAGGCAGUCAGUACUUUGUGCGACGAUUAAAGCUUGCUGCUAAGUUGGAGGUGCAUAAUGGAUGUGUGAACACCAUCAGUUGGAACGAACGCGGCACACACAUCUUGUCUGGCUCGGACGAUCAGCAUCUCGUCAUCACAAACCCUUUCACCCAGCGUACCGUUGCUUCUAUCCGUUCAGGACACCGGUCAAACAUCUUCAGUGCCAAAUUUCUGCCCAACUGCAGAGAUACACAUAUUAUAUCAUGUUCCGGAGCUGGGAAAAUCUUCUUCACUGACAUACAGCGCGAGGAUACAUAUGGCAAGAACUACUUUAACUGCCAUGUUGGGACUACUUACGAGGUGAUAGUUGUUCCUAAUGAAGCGUCCACCUUUCUGUCCUGUGGUGAGGAUGGAACUGUGCGCUGGUUCGACCUCAGAGCCAAGACUAGCUGCACCAAGGAGAACUGUAAAGAUGAGGUGAUGAUCAGCUGUAAGCAGGCGGUGACGUCGCUGGCGGUCGACCCCAUGUUGCCCUAUCACCUGGCCGUGGCGUGUUCUGACAGCUCGGUCCGCGUCUUUGAUCGACGGAUGCUCGGAACAAAGGCAUCAGGAAACUACAGUGGAAGGGGAAUAACUGGCAUGAUUUGUCGCUUUACUGCCCCGCUGGAACACCGAGCAUAUCGCAUCACGUCUCUCAACUACAGUCCCACCGGCCACGACGUCCUCGUUAGCUACUCGUCAGAAAAUAUCUACUUGUUUAGUACACAGGAUCAAAGAAAAAAACAUAAAUUUUUAAGAUCAUUAGAUGAGGAGGAGGCGGGUGUCUUGGAGGAGGCUGCGACUUUGGGUGACAACUCUAGCCGCCAGCCGCCCAUCAAGAGACUCCGCCUGCGAGGUGAUUGGUCAGACACCGGACCCAACGCGCGGCCUGAGCGUGAGCGGUCACAAGCUGAGCCAGAGAGACAGAGUCCCCACACAACUCUGAUGCAGCGACUGUCCGAGAUGUUGACCCGUUGGCUUGACGGUGACCUUCGACCCAGUGAAGAGGAAUCGGCAGAGGGUCAGGAGCAACCGGUGGGGGGUGAGGAGGGGCAGCCCGUCCCCAGUGUCGAGAGGUCAGCGAGUGAAGGCAAUGUUGGCUCACUGUCCACUCGCUUUGAUGAGCUGCGACACACUGUGGCCACCGACGUGUCUCCUGGUACCAGUCAGGUGGGCAGUGCAGUUGUUGAUAGUCAGGAGGUGGGCAGUGCAGUCAUUGAUAGUCAGGAGGUGGGCAGUGCAGUCGUGGAUAGUCAGAAGGUGGGCAGUGCAGUCGUGGAUAGUCAAAAGGUGGGCAGUGCAGUCGUUGAUAGUCAGGCUGUGUCACAAUUACCAGGGCAGCAUGGUGAUAAAAUAACAGAUAAAUCUCAAUCACCCGAUUCAAGUAACACGUUAGGUGACAGCCAGGUGGAGGAGAAAUCAUCAAGCGAUAACAGUGAGAAGGAUUCUCAAAGACAUCUGGAAGAAACACGUUCCCCGGAUGUUUCCUGUAUCAAAGUGGAGACCAGUCUGGCUGCUACAGAAGUUAAAGUUUGCCCAAGUGUUCCUUGUAGUGUGGCUGACUCUUGUGUUGAUUCUGUAGAUCAGGAAGCUACCACUGCUGUGGAAAACACUGGUCCACGAUUGUCCCCCACUUCCAGUGUUGGUGCGUCAACAACUGAAGGUGGAGGUUUGACAGUUUUAUCUGAAGCGCAGUAUGUUUCAGUGGGUGCAGUAGAAAAUCAGGGAGGUUUAGACUCGAUGUAUAUGAAAGAAGGUGAUGGCAGUUCAUCACUGCCUGCAGGUUGUAAACCAGUUUCAGUAUUGUCAAGAGAUACUAAACCAGUUUCAGUAUUGUCCACAGAUACUAAACUAGUUUCAGAGUUGACCACAGAUAUUAAAUCAGAUUCAGUGUUCACCACGGAUACUAAGCCAGAUUUGGUGUCUGCCAUACAGUCGGAAGCAGUAACAAGAACCUCUGAGACUAAACUAUGUUUAUUUUCAAUAAGAGACUCAUCUGACAGCAAACCAGUUUUGGUGUCGCCUACAGAUUCAGAUUUAUUGCUGGAACCAAAAUCUGGUGAAACAUUUACUAUGGUGCCUGAAAACUCAAAAUCUGAAACAGUUUCAGAAAUCACAAAAUCAGAUAUUGUUUCUGAAUGCACAAAAUCAGAUAUUGUUUCCGAAAGCACAAAGUCAGAUAUGGUUUGUGAAAGCACAAAGUCAGAUAUGGUUUCUAAAACAAAAAAAUCUGAUAUGGUUUUGGAUACUGCAAAAUCGGAUAGAGUUUUGGAAAUGAAGAACCCUGUGACAGUUCCAGCCAGGGACUUGGGACAGUCAUCGUCGUCGUUUCAGCCAAGUGCAAUUCGCUCUCCCAGUGCAGCUCCUAGUCUCUCGGCACCGCCGUCCUCCCACAGCUACGUGGACCAGGUCCUGGAGCCGGGCACAUCGUCCGUCCACACGCGCCUCGAGCCUGUCAUUAGUCUCCACUACUCCAGUCAGGGCACCGAGGCCAGCACCAUCCGUGUUGGAUUCGCUCCCUUUGAUGUCCAGGACUCAUCCAAUGCCAUCUCUAUGCACAAUGACUUGAGAAACGAUUCAUCCCCAGACUCCAGGAAUUACUCGACAACUGAUUCAUCACCAGAGUUACAGGGAGAGGUGUUUGAUUUCCAUCUUCCUGGGGACAGGGCGUCUAGGAGAGAAUGUAAUCCAUUGUUUUUUGGUAAGAAACUUGAGGAUGAACCUUGUAAUAAACAGAAACGUACAGAUAAAGAUGUGCAGGUUUUAAGUGUUCAGGAAAUGCCAGAAUCUUCUGUAACAGGUGAAAAAAUAUCUACAGUUGUAUGUGAGGAUGAUGACACGGGUAAGAUUGUCUUGGAAUCACACGAUGAGAUUAAAGUAUGUAAACAAAACAUGGAACACUCAGCCAGUGAUGAUGGCAAACAGAAACCAGAGACAUCAGAAGAUAUGGACUACAUGACGUAUUCUGCCGAGAGAAUCUCCCAACCGGUUGCCACGACCACAGGUGCUGGUCCAAGUUGUGAUGGGGUGGAUGUGGUCCCCAGUGACCCUGGGUUUAGCCAGGAUGGUGCUCCUGAGCGGCGGGACAGUGUUGGAAGUCACACAGAAUCGGAAGGUGCUGACGAGAGGAGAACCAUGGCAACUGUGGCCGCUGCAUCGACAGUGCAUCCAUUCUUCGCAGACAGAGGCAACUUAUCAGACUUCACGACACGGCGAAGACCCGGUCAACGUAGCAGCAGACCUCAUGCUGACGAUGACAGCAGCGAUGAUGACGGCUCGAGGAGUAGUCACCGACACAGACCUGUCAGGGAAGACAGUGAUGUUGAACGCCACAUUGCGGCGCUGCGUCUCCAGACUGCGUAUCGGAAGCGCCAGGAGAAGAAGGAACUGCAGGAGAUGAAAGACGUCUUCCAGCCCGAGAUGAAGAUGAAGUAUCAAGGUCACAGAAACGCCAGGACAAUGAUCAAGGAAGCGAAUUUCUGGGGCGAGAACUUCGUGAUGAGCGGGUCAGAUUGUGGCCACAUCUUCAUCUGGGACCGACACACCACCAAGCUGGCCAUGCUGCUGGAGGCCGACCGCCAUGUCGUCAACUGUCUCCAGCCACACCCCUUUGACCCAAUUCUAGCAUCAAGUGGUAUUGAUUAUGAUGUUAAGAUUUGGGCCCCACUGGAGGAAGAGUCAAUCUAUGAUGAAGAGAUCGCUCAUGAGAUCCAGCAGCGUAAUGAAGUGAUGUUGGAGGAAACCCGCGACACGAUCACCGUACCUGCGGCCUUCAUGUUGAGAGUCCUGGCGUCACUGAACCAGAUCCGCGCAGGUCGGAAUCGAGAACAAGUUAACCGAGAGAGUUCGAGUGACAGUAAUUGAAACAAGAGCAAACUACUGUGAUUGUUUUAGUGCUUUUUAUCACAUAUUUAUCCCAUGUUCAGUAGAAAAGACGUUUGGUAGAGUUUUCUCAUUUCUGUUGGUUACCCCCAGUCUUUUCACCAUUCUCUGCUAUCUGGGUUAUCCGUUAGCUUAUCAGUAAACAGAACAUGACUGAAGCAUACAGUACAUAGUGAGGAGUUGAUAGAAUACCAUAUAUAUACACACACAUGUAUCACAGAGAGAGAAAGAAGAGAAAACACCUAUGGUAGCCGUGUCGUGUGUUAAAGGUCUUAAAGGUCAGUGUAAUGUAGAGUAACGUAUUUUACAUGGUAAUAACAUUUCACAACAACUAAAAUGGGCUUAAUGGUUGCAUGUCCAUUAUCCAAUUUUUAUAAAAGUUUAAAAUUAAUAUAAAAUAGAUAUAGAUAUAUACAUAGCUGCCAAUCUUUAGAAGAAGGAUGUGGUCAUAGACAAAAUGGGGUGGGACAUAGCUGCCAACCUUUAGAAGAAUGAUGUGGUCAUACACAAAAUGGGGUGGGACAUCACUGAGUGGUAACAUGCUCACUUGAGGCCCCAUAUGUUUGGAAUCGAUCCCCGUCGGUAAGAGUAGCCCAUGUAGUGGCGACAGCAGGUUUCCCCUCAAAAUCUGUGUGGUCCUUGACCAUCUGUCUGACGCCAUAUAACCGUAAAUAAAAUGUGUUGAGUGCAUCGUUAAAUAAAACAUUUCUUUCUUUGAUUGCUUACAUUUCUUAGACUUUUGUAAGUAGCUGAAUAUAUCUGUUCACCCACAUGACUAGGCAAAGUUCCAGCUGCCUUCUCGGCUGUAAGAUUAACAAGGUGACGACAUGGACACCCCAUGCUGAUCAGGUUCGUAUUCGUUUUCCUCUGGUGCCUAAGCAGACAGUUCGUCGUGCCAGUCAUAUUUGUACAUUGUGUACAUGUUGCGAUUCCAAUACAGUUUAUAUGAUGCUGAACUUUGAUGUCCCUGCAUGUGCUGAUCUUCAGUGUUUUCUGCAGCGACAGUCCGAGAAAGUUUGACUCUUUUCACAAGAGUAACUAAGGUCUCACUACACAGAUUAUUAACCGAUUCACUCCGGCUGUCACUUGCGCUAUAUAACCAUGUCCCAAAAGGUCGAUGCACAAUAUUACAAAAUAACAUGGGCAAAAUACAGCCAG